GACGCUCCCAAUGGUAUGAGUGAUGCGAUUGAGGAAAACCCCAUAACCGCCCUGGCCGCCCUCAUCCCCGGCGGCGGCGUCCCUGGUGAAGACUACCCGAUCCUGGCCUCUGUACCCGACACCGGCUUCUCCUGCGAGCAACAGGAGUUCCCAGGUUACUUCGCUGACACCGCCGACGAGGCCGGCUGCCAGGUCUUCCACAUCUGUCAGUUCGACGGCCGCCAGGACUCCUUCCUGUGUCCCAACGGCACCAUCUUCAACCAGCAGUACUUCGUGUGUGACUGGUGGUUCAACGUGGACUGUGCCGCCUCACAACAGUUCUUCGGCCUCAACGCUGAGAUCGGCAAAGUGCCUGAAGAUAAUGAGGCCGCCGCAUCUGACCUAUCUAACACUUAUGGUGCUCCACAAGAACCAUCACAACAGUAUGGUGCACCACAAGAACCAUCACAACAAUAUGGUGCUCCACAAGAACCACCACAACAAUAUGGUGCUCCACAAGAACCACCACAACAAUAUGGUGCUCCACAAGAACCAUCACAACAAUAUGGUGCACCACAAGAACCAUCACAACAAUAUGGUGCCCCACAAGAACCAUCACAACAAUAUGGUGCCCCACAAGAACCACCACAACAGUAUGGUGCUCCACAAGAACCACCACAACAAUAUGGUGCUCCACAAGAACCACCACAACAAUAUGAACCACAACAGUAUGGUGCCCCACAAGAACCACCACAACAAUAUGGUGCCCCACAAAACCAUCACAACAAUAUGGUGCACCACAAGCACCAUCACAACAAUAUGGUGCCCCACAAGAACCACCACAACAAUAUGGUGCCCACAAAACCAUCACAACAAUAUGGUGCCCCACAAGAACCAUCACAACAGUAUGGUGCUCCACAAGAACCAUCACAACAGUAUGGUGCACCACAAGAACCAUCACAACAAUAUGGUGCACCACAAGCACCAUCACAACAGUAUGGUGCCCCACAAGAACCAUCACAACAGUAUGGUGCUCCACAACAACCAUCACAACAGUAUGGUGCACCACAAGAACCAUCACAACAGUAUGGUGCUCCACAACAACCAUCACAACAGUAUGGUGCACCACAAGAACCAUCACAACAGUAUGGUGCUCCACAAGAACCAUCACAACAGUAUGGUGCACCACAAGAACCAUCACAACAGUAUGGUGCUCCACAAGAACCAUCACAACAGUAUGGUGCACCACAAGAACCAUCACAACAGUAUGGUGCUCCACAAGAACCAUAA